AUGAGGCCCGACACAGACAAACACUUUCGUUGCACCAUCUGUCAGCGAGGUUUCACGCGCAUUGAUCAUCUCAAGAGGCAUCAUCUUCGACAUUCUGGAAUUAAGCCGUACUCCUGUGUCUUCUGCAAUGAUUCCUUUGCUCGAUGGUAUGUGCUUUGCUGCAACCUCUAUUUCAUUCGACAAUCUUCGCGAUCAUUAUGCAGACUGUCCCAGGCGCGGCGAUCGAAAAAUACCCGAGACCGGACAGCGAGGGAGGAGGCGGCAUGCUUGUCAAUCGUUCUUGUCAGAAACGGGGGAUCGAGUGCAACAAUGAUCGCAAAACACAAGUCUUCAACCCGGGAGAGGAUGCAGCGCGAAGACCAUGAACAAUCGUCGGAUCGUGGAUCGAUUAAAUUCUUGCUGAAUGGCGGCACCGACAGUUUUACCCAACAGUUCCUCCUUCCUCCGCGCAGCGAUCGAACACGCAGCCUCGAAUACCACAACAAGAAGAAUCUCGAGGAAGCGGAGAGUUCAAUUCUUGGUUAUGAAUUGAAGGGCGGCCGGGCAGAUUAUGCGCCGACCUUCAUCGAGUCUGACGCUGCUACCCUCACCUUCUUCCAAGAUACCUUUAUCGACUUCUUCAACGGUCCUUUUGGCGAUCCACAUAAGCUACUUGACAACCCCUUCGCGGGGGAGGUUGCAUAUCAUGCCGUCAUUCCGCCCGGGCAGGACGCCAAUCUGACCUUUGCCACUCCGCAGCUCAGCCAUGAACCUGAGCGGCCAUUCGCCACGGCGAUGAUCCAGGCGAUCCUCACAAGGGCCUGGUCGGUGCCUCUGGACGCAAAGGCGCAGGGGGAAUUGUCGACGAAUCUGCACUUUCUUCUGACCACGGCCCGCAUCCGCAAGUUUGUCUCCAUUUAUUUCAAGUACUGGCAGCCGAGCUGUGCGUUCUUGCAUCGCGCAUCGUUUGAUCCCGAAGUGGUCUCGCUACCACUGCUGACUGCCGUCGCCUUCAUGGGUGCGAUGUACUCGACUGAUGAGCGUGAAGCCUAUGUGGCAAAACGAGUGCUGGACUUUGCCGAGUUGUUCAUCUUCUCCAGCGAUGUCUAUGCAUCCGAAACCGAAAUUAGCGCCGCCUUUAGCGGUAACCGAUGUCUAGAGGACGAACCGAACGAUUGGAUGCAUUUCCAAAAACUACAGAGUGGUUUUCUUGUUGUUGUCGUACAGUACUGGGCGGGUAGUCGGGUGUCACGCCAUCGUGUGAUGGAGCACAGGUUCAGCGAAGUGAUCAAGGUCGCUCGCAGAAUCGGUCUUGUCAAGUGUCGGCAUCUGCCCCACGAUCCAAUGGAUGAGUUCUCCUGGAUCCAAAAGGAGUGUCGUAUUCGUACCAUGAACAUCAUUUCGCUUCUUGACUGUGCAUUCUCUUUUUACUCAAACUACCCAUGUCGCCUCUCACACACAGAGAUGGCAUGCGACUUCCCAUGCCAAGAAUCCGUCUUCGAUUCGCAUCACCCCUUCGUGGAACCGAGUUUCCAGUUUGCUCGCGAUAUCCCCAUCUCGGAAGCUUUCGAGUACCUGUUCGACAACUCGGCUAGUGAGGAUCCCUCACAGUCACACAUUGACUCUCUCUCAACAAUGACUAUCUUCGACAUGUUUAUGUUGAUUCAUCUCCUCUACGCCUUCAUCAACACACAUAUGACCCUCCUCGCUCCCCUAGUCCGCAAAACACAAAUCCCCCGGUCGAAACGGUCCUCGUCGACAGCUACCUCCAAAUCCAGCCACAGCGCGAUCCCCGAGGACUCCACGUUAGCCGCCAUCCGCACCGCGCUCUCCCGCUGGCGAGACCACUGGGUCACGCUCCGGAACACCGUGUCCAGCCACGAGUGGGCGUCCAUGGGCUUCUACAAGAACGGCUACAACUUCUGGCUGGUGUCGCAGCUGCUGAUUACUAAGAAGAAGAGCGUGGACGUCGUGAUGCAGAUGGAGGUGAAGUGCGAGGAUAAGCUGGAGAAACUCAAGGUGCUACUCCUGGACGAGAGCGAUUGA